UUUUUUUUCUUUUCGUAUAAUUUCAUCUGUGAGAACUUUGAAUCAAUUUCCUUGGGGCUUUUAUAUCGUUUUGGGAUGAAUUAAGUGAAUAAAGUUUAGUUCUCUUUGCGCGCGUGUCCCGUUCUCUUCUCCAUCCCUCCAAACCUCAAACACAGAAACCCUUUUUCAUUCGAUCCCAAAUUGACCUUUUUUUUCAGUAUUAGUAACAUACCGAGUCUUGCCUACAUGGAGGUUAAGGUAUGGAACGACAAGCGCGAAAGAGAAAUGUAUGAGAACUUUGCAGAGCUGUAUGCCAUUAUCAAGGCAACAGAGAAACUCGAGAAGGCUUAUGUGAGGGAUAUUAUUUCAUUAUCUGAAUAUGAGACUGAGUGCCAAAAGCUUAUUGCCCAUUUCAAAACCUUGGCCUCUACUCUCAAAGAUAACGUCCCCAGCAUUGAGCGCUUCGCUGAUACAUAUAAAAUGGACUGCCCAUCUGCUAUAAAUCGUCUAGUGACUUCCGGUGUGCCUGCCACUGUGGAGCAUUGUCCUGCGGCAGCUGCCUCUGCAACUACUUCUGCUGCUAUUGUGGCCGAAUGUGUGCAGAAUUUUAUUACUGCCAUGGAUUCAUUGAAACUCAAUAUGGUGGCAGUUGAUCAAGUGUAUCCUUUGUUGUCUGACCUCUUCGCAUCACUCAAUAAGCUUGGUAUUUUGCCACCUGAUUUUGAGGGGAAGAUAAAGAUGAAGGAAUGGAUCUCAAGGUUGUCUAAGAUGGGGGCUGCAGAUGAGUUAACAGAGCAGCAAGCCAGGCAGCUACACUUUGACUUGGAAUCUUCAUACAAUUCAUUUAUGGCUGCUUUGCCUAACGCUGUUGGUAACAUUGUAUUCAUUUUGAGAGUUCUUGGAUUGUUUAAGCUCAAGAUGCUAUUGUGUGAUGAUUGUCAUUCUAUUAGAAUGGCACAAAGUUUUGAUGUCUGGUGUACUUCCCACUCGACCGCGGGCAUUUGUUUUCAUAGAUGAAUAAGCAAGCCAGUGAAAUAUCAUU